AUGCAACCACAUGACAAAAAGCGGUGUGCAGUCUGCCCUCGUCCUGGCAAGGCCUGUUCUCGUUGUGGCCGUUCUUACUACUGCAGCAAAGAAUGCCAGAAGUUCGACUGGCCCCUUCACCGCACUCUCUGCGCAUCUUUCGAAAACUUCCAGCAGCGUCCCGACAGCCAAAAACGCCGCGCUAUCUACUUUCCUGUCGACUCCGACAAGCCUAAAUUUGUCUGGCUACCUAUGUCUGGCCACCACCCCAGCCUUGGUGCUAUCAGAGAGACAUUCUUCUCCGGCGAGCAGUUCUGGCCAGUCAGCAUUGAUGAGAACCCGCUUCAACGAACAGAGUUGCGCCACGACAUAUUGCUUCAAUGUCACAUGCACUUCCGUGAGAGCCUCGGCAUGAACCAAUCCAUCUAUUCUCUGAGCGGCAAGACUUGUUCGUACUUCAAGGGACCCGCCAUUGCUUACUGCUCAAGUAGUGGAAUAAGGUCCAAGUCUACCGGACGUGUCGUCAGGGAUUAUGGUGACAGCGAGGCCGACCCCAGCGAGUUCGAUGACAGCGAUUCUGAGGAAGACAAAGCCGAAGGCAGUGAUGAGGAAGACAUUGAGUACGGCGACGACAGCGAUACAGAAGAGUUCCUCGAAUGGAAUGAUGCCGACCCGACCGACCUCCGAGCCAUCAUGGACUACAUCUUGGUCAUCCAUGGAAAUGAGCGCCUUCUGGGUGCGCUCAUCCAAGGAGAUGCCAUCAUCGACAACAGUACAUCCACAAAGCGCUUCUCGGGUCUCGAAAUUCCUCCUACCAACCAUGGUGCCCUCUGCACUCUCGGACCCGAUUCUACCGUAGCACGGUUGUUCGGCAUGCCUCUCACCCUUAUGCUGCGCUCUGAGAAAGACAAGCCACACGAAUCUGCAGCAUCAGCAGAAGGUGCGAAUUCCAUCAUCGGUCUCCUUAUGCUGAACCUCGAGACCAAGCACUCUGAAUCUUUCGGCGAGAUCCCCGAAAGAUUCAGGGCCAAGACGAUUGGAACCGUAGCUGUGAUCCGUCAAGAUGGACUUCCGAUCUUCUCAAGCUACCUCGAAGCAUUCUGCGCCUGGAUCAAAGACGACCUGCGCCCCUCGUUCGCUGAUACUCAUCAACAGUGUCUCGCUGAACUUGAACUCAAGAAAGCCUGUACCAAAGACGACAAGAAGGUCAUAGAGCACAAGGAAAACAUCAAGGAGCUGCAAGGAAAGAUGCUGGACACGAUCACCAGAGCUAGAUUCUACGCCUGGUGCAAAGACAAGGGCUUUGAGUUGAAGCAUCUCUAGAUGAAGGGGUAGAACAGGCUAAAAGCCAAAAGCAGUGCUUGAAAAAAGAAGGAAAGGGAAGCUUGGCUAGGUCAGAG